AUGUUUGCGAAGUUGCCUGUAGCUAAUCAAUACUCAUCAAAUACGAUCAGAUCUUACAAGCAAAAAAUGUCCCAGAGUAUGAGAGACCAGGAGAAGAUCAUACGUCGUGUUCAAUUAAAUGGGUUAAAAAUUGAUUUUGUAGCGGCAUAUAUUGAUAGAUACUUCAAAACGCAUUUAACUUAUUCUCCACUCCUGGCGCUUGCCAAAAAAAUAACAGAAUGUUCCAGCGUUAAACUUGAUAGAUUAGCGAAACGAAAUAGAAGUGCUUUGCUAUGUUGGUAUGCAGAAAAUUGGGAUAUAGCACAAGCUAAAAUAAAAUGCUUUGAUGCCUCGUUGCUUCUGUUUUUAGAUUCUUCAGAUUCGGUCGUAUCUUCACCUGAAGAAGUUCGCCCAAUUAUCAAUGUUUCGCAAUGUUCCCCGACAGCGAACAACAUGGUCGAUCCAUCUGAUAUAUUACAAUUAUUGAAUGAUCAUUAA